AUGACUGCCGAAGAACCAACCACAACACAAGAGGAAACAACACAAGUUGUUGAACAACAAGAACAAACACCAGUGCAAGAGGAGGAAACCACAACUACACCAGUCGAAGAAACUACUACUACUGAAGAACCAACCACAACUCAAGAAGCUACCAUUGUUGAAGAAACAACUACCACUACAUCAGUUGUUGAAGAAACUCAAGUUGAAGAACCUGUUGUUGUUGUUGUUGAAGAACAAACUACUACCACCACCGAAGAAACAACCACUCAAGUUGAAACUCCAGUAGUUACUGAGGAAAAUACAUCAUCUUCUGUUGUUCAAGAAAAAGUUGAAGAACCAGCAUCAUCAUCGAUAGAAACAACUAAUACCGAAAAUCAACUUAAUGAAGAGCAACCAACAUCAUCCGAUGCUCAACAACAAGAAACCACUACUACACCAGUCGAAGAAACUAUUACUACUACUGACGAAACCACAACAGAUGAAAAUACACAACCAAAGGAUGUUGAUGCUUUGUUAGAAUCUGUUCUUGCUAAUACUCUUGGAAGUGUUGGAUCUACACAAGAAGAAACAGAAACCACAGAUGAUAAGAAGGAUGAAGAAGAGGAAAUUGAAGAUUUCCAAACAGCAGGUUCUUUGGCCAAUGCUCAAGGAAAUCCAAUUAAUCUCCAAGGUGAUGACGAAGAAGAUGAGGAUGAUAAUGAACAAUCAGCUGCUGAUUUGAUGAAUAUUCUCAAACAAUUGAAUGCUGGUGGUGUUGUUUCUGGAGGUAUUGGUAAUGAUAAGGAAGAAGAUAAUGAUGACGAUUUUGAGGAUAUUAAUGAAGAAGAUGAAGAAGCUCUUGCUCAAAAGAUGGGAAUGGAUCUUCAUAACAUGUUUGGUAAACCACGUCCAGCAGCUACUACUUCUGCUUCUUCGGAACCAGGUGUUGGUUGGACUGUUGCUGAAUAUGCUUUGACUGCUGCUGCUGUUUUAGGUAUUGGAUAUGUCUUGAACAAGGUUGUUGGUUAAAUUUCAUAAAUUAAUUUAUUUCAC